AUGAUGGAGGAGAAGCAGGACUCCUUCACUGCUGUCAAGGCCACUUGGACAGAAAUUCUCCUUGUGCAACUGAUGACCCUGCUGCUUCUGCUGCUGCUGCUGUUUUGGAUCCUGCCUCAGGCCACCCAGAGGAUGCUGAAGACCCAAUGCUUUGUCAGAAGGUUUCCUGAAAGGCAAGAUUAUUACAAGCCAGGAGACUUCACUGUUGGUGGGAAUUUACCGCUUGGCAUUUAUCAGAUUAAAAACACUGAAGACUUCCGUAGUUUAGUCCUACCAGAGAGCAUUGCUAUCAUGGUGUCUGUAGUCAAGAACUACCAGCACUUCCUGGCCUUGGUAUUCACCAUCACUGAGAUCAACAAAAAUCCAACUCUCCUUCCCAACACAACACUUGGGUUCCGCAUCUAUCAACACAAGGACAUUGUCAGUGAGAUGCAUAGGAACAGUCUCUUUCUGCUUUCUGCUCGGGGUCGAAUGGUUCCCAAUUAUAAAUGUGGCAGGCAGGAUGAUCUGGGCUCUGUUAUUGGGGGUCUCGACUCCAUAUCCUCAAGGGAGAUUGCAUCUUUAAUUGGCAUCUACAAGAUCCCACAGCUUGGUUACAGCUUUUCUGAAUCCAUUCAGGGACUGAAGAGGGUUUUUCCCUCCUUCUACCAGAUUGAUCCAAAUGAAAUUCCUCAAUAUGUGGGCUUAGUCCAGCUGCUCCUGCAUUUCCACUGGAACUGGAUUGGGCUGUUAGCUUCCAAGGAUGAGAGGAGUGAAAAUUUCAUCCAGACACUGACACCAAUGCUCAAGCAGAAGGACAUCUGUGUGGCCAUCACUGAAAUGUUCAACCCAUUGUACCCACUUCAUCAGUAUAGACUACAAACUGGAUCUAUUCCUAGUUCUUGGUUUGAGCUCCAAGUGAUCAUUUUCUUUGGUGACUCCAGUGUUACACUACAAUUAGCACUGAUGCUGGAUGUACAUGAAGAAAAUGCUAAAUACCCAUUUAGGAAGGUUUGGAUCAUGACAUCCUAUUCAGAAAUUCCUGUGAUACGAUCCAUCCAGGAUGGGCCGUUCAUAAAAAGCAUCCAUGGUGCUUUGCACUUCAAAGUCCACAGAAGGGAUGUGACAAAAUUCAAGCAUUUUCUGAAAGCCUUAAAUCCACUCCGACCACAAGGAGACAUCUUUCUCUGUGAAUGGUGGGAAAUAGCCUUUAAUUGUCAGUUUCUGAUAUCAGGCCACAUAUUUAAACAGGAGGAGAGAAUAUGUACUGGGAAGGAGGAUCUAGAGGACCUGCCAGAAUUCAUGUUUGAAACCAGCAUGUCCAGUUACAGCUACAACAUCUACAAUGCCAUCUACUCCUUGGCCCAUGCAUUACAUGCCAUGUCCUCAUCUGGAUCCAAAUAUGCAAUAAUGAGGGAAGGCAAGAAGCAUCUGCAUAUUCAGCCGUGGCAGAUUCUUGCCCCUUUGAGGAGCAUCCGCUUUAACAACAGCGCUGGAGAGGAAGUCUCUUCCACUUCACAUGGCAAGAGAUAUGAUAUCCUGAACUGGAUCUACUUCCCAAAUGGAUCUUUUUAUCCAGUGGAAGUUGGAGGAGUGGAUUCAGCAGCUCCCCCAGGCCAGGAAUUUACAAUCCACACUGAUGUGAUCACAUGGGCAAUGGAGAAGAGGCCGUCUGCGAGGUGUGUGAAGAGGUGCUUUCCAGGGCACAGGAGAAAAGUUCCAGAGGGGAAGCCUGUUUGCUGCUACACAUGUGAUCAUUGUCCAGAAGGGACCUUUUCUAACUCAACAGAUGCAGAUCGCUGUUCUUUGUGCCCAGAAGAUCAAUACCCAAACAAGAACCAAGACCGGUGUAUCCCCAAGCAGCUCCACUUCCUUUCCUAUCAAGAUACGUUGGGGGCUGUUUUAGCUUCUUUAGCCCUUUUCCUCUCACUGAUCACAUCUCUAGUGCUGGCAACAUUCAUUAAACACCAAGAUACCCCAAUUGUCAAAGCUAACAACCGAGACCUCACCUUUGUCCUCCUCUUCUCCCUCCUGCUGUGUUACCUCUGCUCCUUCCUCUUCAUUGGCAAACCCACGAAGGUCACUUGUCUUUUCCGACAAACUGCUUUCGGCAUCAACUUCUCUGUUGCGGUUUCUUCCGUGUUGGCAAAAACUGUCACGGUGGUUCUGGCCUUCAUGGCCACCAGACCAGGAAACAAGGCAAGAAAAUUCUUGGGGAGACAACUGACAAUCUCCAUUGUCCUGGCCUGUCCCCUCAUCCAAACUGUGAACUGUGUUGUCUGGCUGGUAACCUCUCCCCCAUUUGCAAACUUGGACUUCCAUUCCCUGGCAGGAGAGAUCAUAGUGGAAUGUAAUGAAGGCUCAGUCACCAUGUUCUACACUGUUCUUGUCUACAUGGGCUUCCUGGCCCUCAUUAGCUUCAUUGUAGCUUUCCUUGCGAAGAAAUUGCCCGACAGCUUCAACGAAGCCAAAUUUAUCACCUUCAGCAUGCUGGUGUUUUGCAGUGUUUGGGUCUCCUUUGUGCCAACCUACCAGAGCACGAAGGGGAAGUAUAUGGUGGCCGUGGAGGUCUUCUCCAUCUUGGCCUCUGGGGCUGGACUUCUGGGUUGCAUCUUUCUUCCCAAAUGCUACAUUAUUGUGCUUAGACCGAAUCUCAAUACCAGAGAUCAUAUGAUAAGGAAAAAAUAA